GUCAUGGUUUGUAUAAUGAAACAAACUUUCUCCUCUUGUGCUAGAAUGAGGACAGAAAGGAAAACACAAACUUUUAAUGCCAAAAGGACUAUUCCUAUCUCUCAAAAACCAGUGAAUGGGUCUUUAUGUGUUAGAAAUUUGAGGAAGAACCAACUUGGAGGGGUCAUAUUUGGAUGCACAAGGAGUACAAUGAAAGAAUGUCUAUCUAAACAACUAUUUGGCUUACCAGCUCGACACUUUUCCUAUGUGAAGAACAUUGAUCCUGGGUUACCUUUGUUUCUAUUCAACUACACUGAUAGGAAGCUACAUGGAAUUUUUGAGGCAUCUAGCAUGGGAAAGAUGUAUAUAGACCCUUAUGCUUGGAUUAAUGAUGAUUAUUCCAAUGAAACACAAUAUCCUGCACAGGUACAUAUGCUAAUUGUUGUCUAGAUGCAUCACUAUACUAUAAAUCAUAUGAUGGUGAUUCUUGUAAGACUUAUUGAGAUUAAUGCCCUAGUGUUAUUGAUGUUUAAGGUCAAAGUUCGUGUUGGACUUCAAUGUCGUCCAUUAACCGAAGAUAAAUUUAGACAAGCAAUUGCAGGGAACUACUAUGAUAAUAACCAUUUUAGGUUUGAAUUAGACCGUAGUCAAACAAAUAAGCUAAUGUUUUUACUUACUUCUGCGGCAAUAGCUCCUGGUACACCUGUACCACGGUAUAAUAUGAAUUGGAGAUCGGCGUGUCCAUCUCUUACAUCAUGUAAAACUUUAAAGAAAGAUCGUCUCGCUCAACCAGUGCGUACCCACCCAAUUAAGAAGAAGGUAAACGAAGGUGAAAAAAACCGUAUACAUAAGAAACUAUUGGAAUUGACUCUUGGCAAGAGAAACCAAGACCUUUCUUUUCUAGACAGUGUAAAUGGUGCUUCUAAUGAGAGCAAGAUAAAGGGUUAUAUAGAGGAACACUCAUGUUUAGAGAAGAAUGGAGAGAAUGUCAGUGCUUCAUUCAAGAAUUUAUACACCAUAGUACAGGUUGUUAAUGUCGACGAAUAA